CGCCAGACAAAGGACCUGCUAUUCUAUAAAUGAGGCAGCCAGGACCAGCACUAGGCUGACUCCAUCCAGAGAGAGCGAGCUCUGCAGCCAGGCACGGUGAGAGCUGCUGCAGAACGAGAAAAGGACGUGCCUGAUUUUGCUGUCCCUUCACCCGCUGACCUGGUUUGCUGAGCCUCAAGCACCUGUGACCAGAAAUCACCUUGAAAAUGACCAGGAAGAUCUUCACCAACACCAGGGAGCGAUGGAGGCAGCAAAAUGUCAACAGUGCCUUUGCCAAGCUGAGGAAACUUAUUCCCACCCAUCCACCAGACAAAAAGCUGAGCAAAAAUGAAACACUACGACUAGCCAUGAGAUACAUCAACUUCCUCGUCAAGGUACUGGGAGAGCCAGGCCUGCAGCAGACAGCAGUGGCAGCACGAGGCAGCAUCCUGGGGUUAUUCCAGCAAGCCCCAUGCCUGCAGAGCAUGGAGGAGCUGACUCUCAUUGAAAGCUGUGGUGCCUCCUCUCCCAGCAUGAGCAGCAACCUUGCAGAAUGCUGGUCAGAGACUUCAUCUCCUUAGCAGAGAAUGAGAGAUGCAGUCUUUGUGUUAGUCUGAUAGUCACCGUCAUUAUGGGUUGUUUCUCUAUAUACAAUGGUUAUUUAUUUGUAUUUAUUAUGGCUUUAUUUAUGUUUCUAUUUAAAGGCAAAGGAAUUCCUUGGUCAGUUAGCAACUGAAAGAGCAGAAGGAAAGCUGUUGUGCUCUGGGAACUAGGAAGGACUCACUGCUGUAACAGAUGACAGGGCCUCUGCCCUGACCUCCUCUAUCAGUUGGGGCCAUAGAAAUCUAUCCAGUAUUUUGGCAGGGAAAGAGAUUAUUCUCUCGUGGUAUUUUGAAGAAGCACUCUGAGCUUAAGAAGCAAUGAAUGUGCCACAAAAUGUGUCCAAAAAGGAUACCUGGCCAUGGUAGAGAAAGGUUUUGAGGGCUAUAAUAUUUUCUCCAUACCUCCACCACUGGUUCUAGUCGCCACCUGCACCCACUGUAAAUCUUAUUUCCAGCUUGAACUUUUUUGGAAAUACAAAUCCUGACCCUUGAACCUGGCUACGUUUUUCUCCAUCAGACUGGAGAAAUCCCUAAUGUUACAGAAAAAUUCUAUUUAACCAUUUAAAAAUUAGCUUAAAACAAAAAUGUUGUUUUAAGAUAAAGGAAGAGUCACAGAUGAAUUUCAGUAUAAUCUGUGAAGACUGCCUAGCACUGACAGUGUGUACAUGAAGGAAACUGUCUGACUACACUCCAGCUGCCAUCAAAACCCAUCAAGCAGGCUGCUGGCUAAAUGCCUUUGUAUUUUUACAGCUGUAAAAAUAGGGGAAGUCCUUGUUCUGAGCAGGAGGUCUCAGAAAAAAGGCCUGACUGAUACUCUCAGAAACUCUUUAUGAACACAAGCGAGCAGCGCCCUUCUCAUGCACAGGUGGGAUGUAAUCAUCAAUCUGCUUCAGUGCCUGUUUGGCACAGGCUGCAUGCCAGGGGUCUUGGCAACCACCAUGCAUUAGGAGUUCAGUCAAUAAACAGGAUGAGCAAGAGUUUUAUGUGGGUUGGUGCACACAAAUCAACUUCCUGAAUUAUAACCUAUGUCAGAAAAGAUUUGUCCUGUUCAUGUAAGGUACAAAGCUGCUGAGAGCAAGAGAAAAAAUGACAGUGGGUUCAAGUAGAUCUGCUUCCAGGUCAACUCAUGCUCCCACUGACAGAAGUCCUUUCUAUUUCUAGAUGAAACAAGGCACGUGUUAGUGUUUAGAAAAAAGCUAUUUGUGACAGGUAAAGAAAUGGAGCCUCCACAUGCCAAGGCAUCUCCCUGGGCUGUUUCUUCUUAUUUGUGAGACAAGGAGCUGCCUUCAGGAAGCAGAGACAGGGCUUGUUUAUGUAACACAUACAGCCCUUCUGCCUGAGGGUAUUUGUCACCCACAGCUCAGCUGCGUUUAAAGUCUCACCAAACAGCAAGCAUGCUUUUCUCCUUCCUCCUUGGUGUCUUUCAGGGCUGCACCAAAAAAAUCAGGUCUGGUUCUUGUGAAGUGUGUAUUGUGCUGUUUAGUGCACUACAAAGCAAUACCGCUCACUUGGUCCAGGGUUAAUGCUGUAAGGUACAGGAAUAUCAGUUGAAACCUUUGACCAAAAGAAAAAGGAGUAUAAGUGGUUAACGACCGUUUUGUUUCUGAACACUACGAAUCUUCACUUGCUUAUUCCUGCAUUAUUGAACUCUGAGGGCUAAGGAUGGUACAAGAGAGCAGCUGAGUGAAAACACAUAGGAGACUUUCACAUGGUCUGUGCAAUUAGCACUGCCUUCUCCCCACCUCUGCAUCAGAGGUAAUGAGCCAAGUCCUCCUCCUAGCUUUCUGAUGAACUAGUCCAAAUAAAUCAGAGUGCUUAUUGGUGAGGCGUGAUGGUAUUCUUUGUUCUAACAGCCACUUGCUAUCCUAAGAAACAUGUAUCACCAAGACAAGUCAAAACGUCUCAUCAGCAGAAUUAUUGCCUAGGGAAAGCAAAAGGAAACCUGCCAAUUUUGUAACAUAACAUACUUGUAAUAUUCCCAACCCUUAAAGUUCCUUUCUCAUUAUUGUUUCAGUUCUCAUCCACAUUUCCUUUUUUCUCUUUUUUUCCAUCUAGGAGCUCCCUACUUUCGCAUCCCAUGUGUGUUUGACUAGAUCUAUUGACCAAAGAGUUUUUUGUCAAUUGUUGUUUUGUUGUUGUUGUUGUUGUUGUUGUUUUUGCUUCGUGUUUUGGGGAUUUCUUAUCUGUAUGAUCAGGAACUGAUAUGAUGUACCUGAUCACAUUUUGCGCUACAUUAUGUUAAUUAACAUCUAAUAUAUUCCAAAUAAAUUAUUUAAGAAAUGAA